GUUAAAUGUAGACGGAAAUGAUACUUUGUUCAGGAAAAGUUAACCUUCGAUUUGGGCCUACAUGGACGUGGGAAUUACACAAUGCCCAAAUGAGUUGAUACUCCUGUUGCUACAAAACUCAUUAUCAAGGUGAGUUUUGGCCUGAAGACAAGCUUGGAAAAUGGAUUUCAAACGGAUACACAGUGGAUCGCUUUCGGGAGAAUCACUCCAUCCAAGAAAGAAGUCUUGUCGAGUGACUCGACUGAACCUGCUGAUUUGCAUGGUCCUGUGCGCGGGGUUUGCGCUGCUGGGGUUAAAUGUGUACCAGCUUCACCAGAUGCGUGAAGAGCACCUUCUGCAUGCUCGGGAAGACCAUCCUAUCACGAUUGUCGAAGGCCAAGUGGACAAACCUAUGGGAAAUCCACCGGUUGUCUGGAUUCAAGGAAAACGAAUUGAGACCGGGUACCUGAACCAUGUGAAGAUUGUGUUUGAGAGGCUCGGGUUCUUUGUGACUCACCAUGGCGACGUGGAGUGGGACGUGUUAUGGGCCCAUGACUACCCCUUCGUGACCUUGAAGCACGCCUUGGUUGACCUGCAGCCACAUCAGCGGGUGAAUCAUUUUCCGGGGUCAGGCUACAUCACCAAUAAAGGCAUCCUGGCCACAAUGCAGCUGGAUGCAUUCCCAAAAUGCUUCAGAAUUCCCAAGGACAGGGAUAAAUUGGAGGAGUAUGCAAAGCUCAACCCUGGAACCAUGUGGGUGCAGAAGAACAACAACCAUAGAGGUAUAAGGAUCAAACAGAUAGAAGAACUGGACUUAAACUCUGAAGGUUCGUUUAUUCAAGAAUUCAUCUCCAAGCCAUUGUUAAUUGACAAAAGGAAAUUUGAUAUUGGUGUGUACGUGGUUAUGACAAGCCUUAGUCCACUGCGAGUGUACAUGUUGGAGGAUGAAUCAUUAUUCAGGUUUUGCCCUGAGAAUUACUACCCAUUUGACAAGGACAAUGUCAACAAGUAUGUUGUACAUGACGCCUACACACCCAUGUGGAAGAUUCCGUCUUUACAGCAACUGUAUACAGAACAAAACUACAGUUUCAAGGAGACAUUUAACAGAUAUAUGAAAAAUCAAGGUUAUAAUGUGUCCAAGAUCUGGGAGGACAUCCACAGCACCAUACUGGCUGUCUACCUGAAGAAACACCCUAGUCUGAUGCAGGCAGGCACUGUAUACAAGUCCACCAGGAACUUUUUUGAGCUGGUGAGGUUUGACUUCAUGUUAGACGAGAACCUCAAGCUGUACUUGAUGGAGGUGAACAUGUCUCCCAACCUGUCCACCAAUCAUUUCAUGGGAAACAAACGCUUGUACCAGCAUGUUAUCUACAAUGUUCUACGAGUGGCCCGCAUAGCUUCCAUGGUCUACAAUCAGUUUUCAAACAUCGAUGCUGACACAGAUGAGAUGCUGGCGUCUGACCGGGAGAUCACUGUGUUCUCAGAGUGGUGUUCUACGCCAGAAUGUGCCGGCAAACAGGGAUGUGGUAAUCUGCGGUGUGCGCUGUGCACCCAGUGCCUGCACGCCUCCCAGAAGGUGACCUUGAGGGAGGCCUACCUGGAACACUACAACAGGGGCGGCUGUCACAGGCUCAUCCCUCCUGCCAUUGGACACGAGGCAGCUUUAACAUGGAGCCCAGAGAAUCCAGAUACAGAUGCCUUUGGGCUUCAGAAUCAAACAGAGAGGAAUCGUCUCAUGUAUUUGUGGUUUGUCUGCAUGUGCCGGAAAGACCGCACGUUCUGCCUGUGAUAAUGAGUUGUGAUCUCAUUUAUUUAAGAAACUAAACUAUAGCGUUCCAAAUGAGCUGAGUUAUGGUAAAAUGGGGCUUCAUGCAUGUGCGUAAAGUGUCGUCCCUGAUUAGCCUUCACAUACAGCGCUUCCAGCAUACACUGAAAAAGAAACUCCUUUUAAGCAAAAAAUACAAUUGAAGUGGAAAGUGUUUUCUCUAAUCUGGGAUGACACUUUACGCACAUGCAUCAAACAUUGUUUCCCCAGAGUGCGGCUCAUAUGUAUUUUGUAUUUUCUAUGCAUUAAAUGGUAUUUUUUUAAUUAUUUAUUUUAAUACAAAAUUAUACAUGCAUAUGGGCAAACCAAUAUAAUAUUUCCACCAAAAAUGUCAAAGAACUUGAAAUACAUCAUAGAGAAAUUACGGCAACUUUUAGGGCGCAAUUUGUUCUAUAUUUUGACUUGUAUUUAUAUAAUAUACUCAUUCUUGUUUAAGUACGCAGUCAGAAAAUGCUUUGUUGUUUAAUAAUACAAUUUUUAUGCAACAUUAUUAUGGUUUUUUUAACACAUUUUUGGAGCAAUUUUAUUAAUCCUUUGCUGUGCUCUCGCUCUUUUGAUAGAGUGCUGCACAACAAAUACCAGAUUUACUUUUGAGUGUUAAUAACAAGUUUCCAUCUAGCAAAAGCUUUAUAUGCCAUGUAUUACCUCAACUCAAAGUGCAAAUAUACAUUCCAUUGUGUUCCUUCUCACCCAAAGGUUAGUGAAGUUAGACAUUAUAAAAAGUACACAUUCAAACUAACACCAAUACUGAUUAAAUAAGUACAAUUUCCUAGAAAUGACAAUGACUCGUGGUUAAACUAUGCAAUUGGAGAAUAAUAUAGCCAUUUGUCAAGGGUAUUGCUUUAGUUUAUUUAUUAUUUUAAUAAUUUUAAUUAAAAGAUUUAAUUGUGUUGUUUUUAGUAAAAAUGCUGCUGGACAGCUUUUCAUAUGUUACAAUUCAUAAUAUUAUUUGCCAUGUUUCAUCAUGUUCUAGGUAUUAAUUAUUAAAAAUAUUUUUUUACAAGUAGUUGUGAAAGGGUUUUGUAAACAAUGUUAAAUUUGUUCCACGUUCAUUUGUUGCUUUACUAUAUUGGCUAUUGUACUAGUUUCAGAUCAUGAAAAUUUAGUUAGAAUCAUUUGUUAUUUAUAUGGAUUUUGAUUUUAUAUGUUUGGUGAUAGCUUUUAUUGUUAUAUGUGUCGGUUUUACUUUGUUUUUUAAGUGUUUGCAUACCUUCAAAGUAUAUUGCAAUCAUGCAAAUUCAUGGUGCGACUAAGCAAGCCUUAAUUCCUAUAUGGCCUUCUCUGUGAAAAAACUGGUCUUUCCGAGUGUGCGUGAAGAGUUGUCCCAGAUGAGCAUAUGCAGUCAGCACUCCACAGGCUAAUCUGUGACAACACUUUACACAAAUGCAUAAAGUCCUGUUUACUCUGAGUGCUGAUAAUAUUCUUAUUUGAGAGCAACAAUUUACAAGCCUGCAUAUAGGAAAAGUGAGAAAGCUCUAUUGAAAACUUAUCUGUACAUGGCUUGUGCAAAUUUUGAUUUCUGUGCCUCAGAUUUACAAUAUAAAACCAGAUGUUAAGCCUGGUUUUUCAAUGAAUUAGGUUUUCCUCUUAUACACACUUGGAACAUUGUUCUAGCCCUUUUUUUGGCAAAACAGGGCUUAAUGCAUUGUGUAAUGUGUGGUCCCAGAUUAGCCCCUGGGGUCUGCACAGGAUAAUCAGGGACGACACUUUCUGUUAAAUUGGAAAGAAAAUAAAGGUAGUCUCUUCUUAACAAAAAUAAAGUCUAAGCAAAAAGUGUCUUCCCAGAUUAGCCUGUAAGGGCUGCAAAAGCUAAUCUGGAUCGACCCUUUAGGCACAUACAAUUUCCCAGAGGGCUGUUCAUUUAUUUAAAUGCUCAGGGGUCGUAUUCCAGAAGCAUCGUAAGUUAAAUUGUAUUCUUAUCCUUAAAGUGGGAAAAUUUCUUAAUUGUUUCAUUUCAUAUUGCAAUUGUUUGGCAUCACAAUUUACAUGAAAAUAACAUCAUUAUGUCAAUGUUAUUUUAGGAAUACCAAAAAAUGAUGUAUUUCCUUAUUAAGUAAAGAAAUACAAAACAUUGUAAUUUUGACCUUAAGUGAAAUUAUUUAAGAAAUUACUUAAGAUGUCUUUUGAAUACCACCCCUAAUGAAUGGAAGCACAGCCGUAAUUUAAUGGGACUUUUCAUUUAAGCAUCUAGAUAUCCUUUUUACUUGUUAGAUUUAACUUCACUAUAACAAGGUUGCACUUUUUCAAAGAUAAGUAGGAAGCUACUCAGUAAGUAUCAACUCUGUUAUCAUCUUCAUUUACGUCUUGUUAUAUGUGUUAGAUGCAUCUAUAUGUAUGAUUGUUAUAUGUGUUAGAUGCAUCUAUAUGUAUGAUUGUUAUAUGUGUUAGAUGCAUCUAUAUGUAUGAUUGUUAUAUGUGUUAGAUGCAUCUAUAUGUAUGAUUGUUAUAUGUGUUAGAUGCAUCUAUAUGUAUGAUUGUUAUAUGUGUUAGAUGCAUCUAUAUGUAUGAUUGUUAUAUGUUUUAGAUGCAUCUAUAUGUUUGAUUGUUAUAUGUGUUAGAUACAUCUAUAUGUAUGAUUGUUAUAUGUGUUAGAUGCAUCUAUAUGUAUGAUUGUUAUAUGUGUUAGAUGCAUCUAUAUGUAUGAUUUUGCCUAUGAAUGGGCAUUCAUCAAAUAUUGUUGUACUUUAUUUGUGUUAACUGAAGUAUUUGUUUUAAUAUUUAUUUACUGGUAUAUGCUUUUUACAAUCUAUUAAAAGAUACACAUUGAAUCAAAUUAAAAAUCUAAUUUCUCUAGUUAAACUCUAGGAUUGUCAUUUGUAAUAAAUAACUCUUUUAAACGAAGACAUAUCAUAUUGUGGUGUUGUUAUAAGAAUUGUUGUUGAUUUGUGAAAAUGGCAUGGCAUGAAAUAGCUUAUUUUAUUUCUGGAUAACUUGUACCAUACCUAUGCAAUACCUUACCUAUAACUCUUACAUAUUAUUUUUUAUAUUAGAAAAUAUUAAUGAAUACCAUAUAUGAAGUCUUAUUUGUCUGCUUAAAUGGUUAAGUUUGUUAUUUAUAGGUGUUUUGACACUUUUUAGAUCUGUUGUUAUUAUUUCACAGUUUGAUAUUCAGGUAUAGUGUAAUGGUUUGUUUAAUUGUAUAUACAAUGCAGCCUUUAAAUUAAUACAUGUUAGAAGGUAUUAUGUUGUUGAAUAAACAAAUAAACUCAGGGCUUCAAAUCAUUCCGAAGUUAAAAAGUUAUCAACAAUUACUUCUUUAGUUGUACAAUUAAUCAAGUACCUGUCAUUUACCCACUGAUAAGUACUUUAACAUGCCCCCACUUGUGUUACCCUUUAACAUGUCUGCACUUGUGUUACCCUUUAACAUGCCUGCACUUGUGUUACCCUUUAACAUGUUCCCACAGUAGUCUCCCACUUGUGUCACCCUUUAACAUUCUCCCACUUGUGUUACCCUUUAACAUUCCCCUACUUGUGUUACCCUUGUGUUUUUACCAUCAUUCCUCCUGAGCCAUCUAUCAAAAAGUUAUUUGUUCAAUGUUGUAUAUUUGUAUUGAGAUUGUCAUGUUUAAAUAUAUGUUGAAAUUUACGUAUACAUUUUAAACACACAAUCUGUCAAAAUGUGUCUCGGAAUUUUAAAAUAUCUACAUUUACCUUGUAUUUUCACGAGAAUUUUAUUGUAUUGUUUAGUGUCAUUGUUCUUGCUUUAUAGAUAUAGAUAUUAAUCAAAUGGGUUGUUGCCUUACAAUCAGACAAGCAAUACAGGACAAAUGUUGCCUUAUUGUUUCGAUCUGCAAAAUAUGUAUAUUAUUUACCUACUUUCUUUCUCUGUUAAAGUUAUACUGUGUAGAUGAUUUUGUGCCAUUUACAUUAUUAUAAAUAAACCCUGCUCUGGGAAUUCCGGGCACAUGCUUUAAGCCCUGUUUUUCCAGAACGAGGCUCAAAUGCUUUUAGAAUGUGUUAAAUAUAAUCACGAUAUCUUUGACGCCUGUUCAAUUUCUGUUGUGAAUUGAACGGCACAUUUUAUACAUGGAAAACAGAAUACAAAAUUGAGAUGUUUUA